UUUACCAAAGUACUUAAUAUCUAAACAUGGCGUUGAACACAUUGACAACUUUAAAGUUCCUAUUUUAUGUAUCUUUUAUCGUGCAAGUUGCAUCUCAAGAACUUGGUUCUGAACUAAACCAAAUUCUGAAGUAUCCCUACGAAAGUAUAUUUAAUAACUCAACACAAAAUCAAGAAUGUGCUGACAUUUUAGGCAAUUUAUCAGUAUUUGAGCGGUUACCACAAUGGGCAAUGCAAAUGUUGGAUUCAACUGGCAAAGUGCCAUCUGGCCUCAUGACUGGAAAUAUUAUGAGUUUAGGUGAUUACGAUCAAUGUAUUACAAUAAACGAUGAAGAAACAGGUAUUCGAGGAAAGUAUUGUGUCACCACUUAUAACUUUCAAGAAAAUAUUUCAUCUUUACAUGGCGUAUGCCUGCCGGAUGUUUGUAAUUUUGACGAGUUUGUUUCUUUGGUUCCAUUAGAAAAAAGUACUUUCGUAAUCAAUGACUACUUGUGUCAAACUGAUGAUGGUGUAAUAUUAGAUAAUGAUGAUAUAUUUUGCAUAACACUUAUUGUCAUUACAACACUUUUUAUGUUAUCUGCUACCUGUUAUGACUUACACGUGAGAAAACAAGGAACCAAUGCUCCUAAUGGUGCCGUAGCAUCGUUUUCAAUUUACACAAAUACCAUUAACUUAUUAAAAAAGAAUCCUAACGACAUAUCAUGUGUAUAUGGCCUUCGAGUGUUUAGCAUGUUAUGGAUUAUUUACGCAAAUCGUGCCAAUAUUUCGAUGAAGAUUCCCGCCAUAAAUUCUUUUGAUCUUUUAAACCAAAAAUUUAGUGAUAGUUCGAAUUACAUUUAUUCAGCGCACUUUGCAGUAGACACAUUCUUUUACCUGUCUGGUUUUAUGAUGGCUUACAACACGUUGAAAAAUGGCACACGUAUGAAGAUAUUGAAUAUGCCACGAUUUAUCUUUCAAAGAUUGCUACGGAUAUUUCCUACAAUGGUUGUUUUAUUUAUAAUUAUUGUUACCAUUUCUAGGAGAGUAGGAUCCGGUCCAAUUUAUCAACUGGGUGUUCAACAGGCCAGACAAUCUUGUCUUGAUCAUUGGUUGUCAUAUUUUUUCUUCUUUCAGAAUUAUUCAAACCCUGACAAUAUGUGUUUACCGCAAACAUGGUAUAUAGCAGCAGUUAUGCAAAUGCACGUGUUAACUCCAUUAAUUCUGAUCCCUUUGGGAAAUUUUCAACAUACAAAGAAAGCGUGGACCAUUCACAUCAUGUUUAUGUCUUUAGUUGUGUCGGCUAUGUUUAUUCCAAUGAUCGUUGCAAUGAAUGAAAAUAAUUCAAAUAUUUAUUCCACCCACUCACGUUUUGCCAUAUUUUUAUUAGGGAUCUAUGCUGGAUCGAAAGCAAUCAAUGUUGACAAGCACAUGAAAAAAAUAAAUAAGAUUAUUUACUUUUUUAUUUGGAUUUUGAUAUUGAUAUUAAUGGCGAGCAUUGCUUAUCCAGCAAGAUACUUAAUUCAAGAACCAAAUUCGAUGUUUGCUAUAAUGUUGGCUACUUUCGGUAGACCCCUGUGGGGUGUUUGUUUGACUUGGAUCAUUUUCAAUUGUUUGGCAGAAAGAUGUGAAAUGGUCAACAGAUUUUUGUCACAUCCAAUCUUUAAAUUUGUCAGCAAUCUGUGUUUUUCCAUGUUUGUUUUAAGUAAUUUGGAAAUCGGUUACCAUGCUAUUACUGCAAGGAAUCCAAUUUAUAUAGACCUCGUAUAUUUGGUACGCACAUGGAUCUCGGAUGUGUUUCUAACCAUGUUUUUCGCUUACUUAUGGUCAAUGCUGUUUGAACUUCCACUGAUCAAUUUAUACAAAACUAGAUAUAAUAAUCUUAAGAAGAGUGGGAUCAUAAGUUGCGCAAUCACUGUGCAGAACGCCUAAACAAUAUUUAAAUAAAAGUUUUAAACAAAAAAA